AUGAUAAACACUACGGGUGACACAAUUGUUAUCGACGACAUCCCUAUGCCAAUACGAUCAGAUAUUACUUAUGAUGAGAAUGAUGAGAUGUGCUAUUAUAUUGUAAGUUCGAAUUUUUUUUUGUUGAGACAAAAUUAUUCUUAAGUAAAUAAUUUUAACAUUAGAUUCGUUUUUAAUUUUCGUUAUGUCAAAGCUUUCGUUGCGGGACCAAUCUGGGGUCCUGGUGUCUUCUUUAUGCCCGGCUCUCGAGCCUGGAUGGCCCGGCUUUGGCUUGUUUUCUUUUUAGGUUCAGCGUACAGUUCUUUGUUUGGAAUUUUUUUUGCAAAAUAUUUAAAAUUUUUUUAAAAAUUUUUUCAAGUUCAUACAAAACCAUUUUUCAGGGAACAGACUACCUUCACGUCAAAAUCUACCUAAUAGGCGUGUUUGCAGUCAUCAUAGCCUUAUUCUCCUUACUUUUUAACACAUUCUUCACAUUUGUUUUCCUAACCAACGCUAAUCUUCGCCGUUCUCCACUAUACUACUUUGGUGUUCUAGCCAUGUUAGAUGCCAUUUUAGCCUUGAAUUACUUGGCAUUGAUGGUGGUACCAGUAUAUAUGGACCAGUUUAAGUGUUUAUGGCUUUAUCAUUUGUUUUUGGGAUAUUUGAGGCCAAUGAUGACGGUUAGUAAUAGUGCCAUGUUUGCGUCGAUCUUGAUGAUUUUGUGCGCUACGAUGGAACGAUUACUCAGCACGUUCCAGCCGUCGAACAAAUUGGAGACGGUUAGAAAGUAAAGGCUUGGAAUGAAAUUUUAAAUUAAUUUAGGCUUAGAAUAGGGCUAUAUUUUAAAAUUUUAAAAUUUAAAAAAUUAAAACUUAGAUUUUUCAAAAUUUUAGGUACAUGGAAUCCCGCAGGCCACGUCUAUGCAUAGUUGCUAUUUUAUUUGCAGUUUUUUAUAAAUUGUGCACCUAUUUUGAAAUUCAAUACGUUGAGCAUGAAAAUUGCACAGAAUGGAGUCGAUAUGAGAUUAUUCCAACGCCGAUUGUUGUGGAGAGCUAUACUUACAGGUAACGGCGAAACUAAAUUUUUUCAAAAUUAAAAAAAAAUUUUUUUAUUUUUUUAAAUUUUUUACUUUAGGCUUCAAAUUGCAUUUUUUUACAUUUUUUAUACUUUAUAUUGCAUUGUUUUAAUUUAAAAUUUUAGGUUUAACAUUGAUUUUUUUGAUUUUUCAAGGUUUUAGGCUUAAAAUCUUUAGUUUUUUCUGCUUUAUGUAGGUGUAAAAGUUUUUUGUUUUUCUUAUUUUUAGGCUUAAAGUCACACUAUUUUAAAGAUUUUAAGUUUAAUGCCGCAGUACUUUAAAACUUUUAAGCUUAAAACUUCCUGCUUUUUAAAAUUUUAGGUAUGAAAACGUUUUGUUUGUGUUAAGUGAAAUCUAAAAUGUUUAAAUUUUUAAAACAAAACACCUUUUUCGUAUUUUACCAUUUUAAGCCUAAAUUUUAAUUUUAAUUUUAAAACAAUUUUUUUUCAACAUUUUAAGCUAAAUUUUAACCUUUUUUUUAGAUUCUGGUGGAUGUUUGUAGCCAGAAACCUAAUCGACCGUGUAAUUCCAUUCUUUGGCUUGUUGUUUAUGAACUGCAUGAUUAUCAAAACGAUUAAAAAAGAAAACAAAAAGCUGUCAGUGUUGGAACAGAAAGCUAUGUCCAUCAAUGAAAAGGCCACGAAGAGGAAUUUGAGGGUGAGUUUUGAAGAUUUUUUGACAUUUUUAAUGUUCUGGUCGAUUUUUAAUGGUAAAAAAAGUAAGAUAGGGUAUUACGGGUAUGGUGGACAACGCAAAACAAAAAAAAAAUUUUUUUUUUAAUUUUUAAAAGACUGAAAUUUUAAACUUCAGGACGCAACCAGAGCUCUGAUAGCCGUAGUAACGUUGUAUAUAGCUGCUCAAUUUCUACAAGUCAUCAUAACGUUUUGGGAGGCGUUUCAUCGUCAGUCAUUAGAAGAAGACUUUCAAGAAUUCUACUCAUACGUCAAUGACAUCAUGAGCAUUAUGACAUUGUUGUGCAGGUGAGUAUGAGGCCUUCUUUUAAAGGUUUUGAAUUUUGAAAGCUUACCCUACCCUACCCUACCCUACCUUAUCCUACCCUACCCUACCCUACCCUACCCUACCCCACCCUACCCUACCCUACCCUACCCUUCCCUACCUUACCUGGCUCUACCAUACUCUUUUUUUGUAUUUAAAUUUUUUUUGAAUUUCAGUGCAAUUCGCUACCCAGUGUACUGUACCUGCAAUAGGCCUAUUUUCGAAGCUUCCAUGGACACAUUGGAAGGUUUGGGCAAUUUGUUCACGAAUCGUGCCAAAGCCUUGAAGACAGUACGUGCUGUAGCAGUACCAUCCGAUUUCCAUGGUACUGACGAAGAACAGAAGCAUUGUCUUAAUGCUCACAGUAAUCAGCUAGCUGAUGAAACCUUUAUUGUUAAUGUGUUUCUAGACGAUGCUGAUGAACAGUGGAUGGUGUAG